GCGGAAUCUUGUCUGGUCAAAAGCGCAGCAGAACAAACAAACAAAAAAUAGAGUGUGGAGAAAUUAGAGAAGAAGAAAUUAUCGGUGUGCUUCGAUGGCGAUGACAGUAGCAGCUUCGAUGGCGAUGGCAGUGAUGGUUCCACGUGUCCCCUCCGUCUCGGCCCGCUGCUCCGCCGUUCCUUACCUUCCUCCUCGCUCUUUUGGCCGAUCCUCUUUCACUGUUCCGGCGAAGCUACUUUCAGGGAAUGGUUUACACAAGGUCGAAUUGAUGAAGACGAGAGCUUCUUCAUCAGACGAGACCUCAACGGCCAUUGACACCAAUGAACUCUUCACAGACUUGAAGGAAAAGUGGGAUGGUCUUGAGAACAAGACAACUGUGAUUAUCUACGGAGGAGGAGCCAUUGUUGCUGUUUGGUUAUCUUCCAUUGUUGUUGGUGCCAUCAACUCUGUUCCUCUGCUUCCUAAGGUUAUGGAACUUGUUGGUCUUGGGUACACAGGAUGGUUCGUCUACAGAUACCUUCUCUUCAAGUCAAGCAGAAAGGAGUUGGCUGAGGAUAUUGAUUCCUUGAAGAAGAAGAUCGCUGGGACUGAAUAAAUUCAUUUCAAAAUAUAAAACCAGCUUUCUUUCUGGGGUUUUCUUUGUAAUAUGAUUGUUAUACAACAUAUAUAUAUGUUUUAACAAUGUAUCUUCCGAAGUCUGAAACUAUUCUCUUAGAGCAUGAUUAAUGCGGA